AUGGGAUUGGGAAUUGUAAAUAAAAAACAACCAACAACAUCAGUUUCUAAAUUUCAAACAUUGUUUGGGGUCGAUAAAAGAUCGCUUGCAUUAUUUAGAGUAUGUGUUGGUAUUGUAGGUCUAUAUGAUUUAAUUGAAAGAUGGGUAGAUAUUAAAGCCCACUAUUCUGAUGAAGGUAUUGUACCAAGAUCUAUGGUAACUGACAAUUUUUGGAACAAAUCAUGGUAUUCAUUUCAUCUUAUGACUGGUUCUGUAGAAGGUAUCCAAUUUUUAUUUUUAAUCAAUAUUCUCAUAUGCUUCCUUUUAUUAGUGGGUUAUAGAUCAAGACUGAUGAUGUUCUUACAUUAUACCUUUGUUCUAUCAUUGCAAGCAAGAAAUAAUAUUGUUGGUCACGGUGGCGAUGUAUAUAUGAGGGUAAUUAGUUUCUUUGGUAUGCUUCUUCCUAUUGGUUCUGUUUUUUCAAUUGAUAGUGCAUUCAAAAAACCAGUUUUAAGAAGAGAAAAUAAAAAAUUCGCCAUUGUAAAUUUUGCGACAUUUGCAAUUAUACUUCAAAUUAUUUUUUUAUACUCAUUCUCUUAUGUACAUAAAACCGGUGAUGAAUGGAGAGUUGACUAUACCGCCUCAUACUAUGCUUUACAACUAGAUUAUUUUAGAACUUUUUUGGUAGAUUACAUUAUAGAAUUCCCAUCACUUUUAACAGCAAUGACCUUUGGUGUAUUAUAUUAUGAAGGUUUUGGCUUUGUUCUUUUAUUCAUUCCAUUUUUUACUGCACAAAUAAGAUCACUUGGUGCAUUAGGUUUUACAAUGCUUCAUAUUGGUUUUGGUGCCUUUAUGAGAUUAGGUAUCUUUAGUCCAAUCUGUGCCUCUGGAACCCUAUUAUUAUACCCAACUUGGCUCUGGGAUAAUAUUUUCAACAGACUUAGAACAAGAGAAAGAACAGAUUUCAAGAUAUACUAUAGUGGAAAAUAUGGUUACUAUAUAACCGGUUUAGUUUCAACUUUUCUUUUAUUCCCAGAAGUCGAAAUUUCACCAACUCCAACAUUUAUUGAUGAAGAAUCUUUUAUUCAAACAAAUAAUGGUCUAAAUAAUAUAAUCAAUAACAAUAAUAAUGCCGCAGAUUCAUACGAUCAUAUGGACCAACCCAAAAUUCAACAUGACUCUAUUCCAUUAUGUGUUCAAUCAUCAUCUCAUCUAAACAAUUGGAUUAUUACAAGAGAUUAUAGAGGUAAUAAGUUUACUGGAUAUAAUGCAUUGGUAUCUAUUGUUAGAGCAUCACCACUAUUGUUCCUAUUUACAAGAUUGUUUGAAAACCGAUUUGUCAGCUCAUAUGGUAAAAAAGUUGUAUCUUUCACAGAAAAAGCAAUUGUUAAAAUCAAUGAUGAUAUUUUGGUAUUAAAACCAGACAAUCCACUUUUUUACAAUAAUAAUAUUAAUAAUGACAUUACCAUCAAUAAUGAAAACAUUUAUACAAAUUCAAAUAUAACCUUAAUUAAAAAUAUAUCACAAACAAUUAAUUCAGAUAGCGAUGGCGAAUGCAGUCUUAUAAAUAGUCCUCCAAAUGGUGCAGCCAAUAGCAACUAUACCCUCUUAAAGAGUGAAAUGAUUAAUGAAGAAAUUGUAAAUCAUCAGCAAUACCAAAGAAAACUAAAUAGAAGACGUAAGAUAGUUAAACUUUCAAGAAAUGCAUUUUUCAAUAUUUUUGCAAUCAUGGGCAUUAUAUUUGCUCUUGGAUGGAACUGUGCAAACACAACAUGUCCAAUUCCUUCUUUACCCCCAUCAAUUCAUUGGUUAGUAUUUUUAACUCGUGUAGAUCAAAUGUGGUCAAUGUUUUCACCAAGACCACCCAAUCAACAUUGGUGGUACACUUUUGAAGGAACUUUAGAUAAUGGUGAUAGGGUAGAGCUUUGGAACAACGAUGGUCUCUUUACAUGGGAACCAAAUUAUGAACCAUAUACCCGUGAUAAACCAAAUCCAUAUCCAUCAUGCAUUGGUAAUCAUCGUUGGUUUAAAGUAUAUGAGAACCUUAACAACGGUGCCGGUUAUGAAUUAAUUAGAUUAGGUUUAGGCAAAUGGAUCUGUAGAGAAUAUAACGCAAGACAUUUUGACAACAGAUUAUGGAAAUUUAAUAUUAUAUACAGAAACGAAUUACAACACCUUAACAAUACUCGUUCCUUACUCCCCGAUCAAAAUUUAUGGUCUCAUAUAUGCUAUAAUAAACCACAAGCUUCAAAAGAUGAUGAUUUAUAA